CCAAGUUGUUGGUGAAGCCACGGUAAUUCACAUGAAGUAAGACAGAUACUGUCUAACAUGCACUCUGAAUGCCAUGCACUGCCUUUUUUCAGGUUGCUCAACAGCUGUCUAAUAAUGAAACUAGUAUAAGGCUGUGCAAAGAUUUAACCAGAGUGACGAGCCAUGGUUUUGAGGGUUAACUAGUUAGCCUUUGAAUAGCCUGCCGUUUGUUACAUAAACAGUGCAAGUAGUAUAUUGGAGCGACGCUGAAAACUGCCAUGAGCCAAAAGGCAACAUCAGAGUCAGGGGACAACUCGAAGCUGUCGGGACAGGGAAGUGAUACUGUGAACCUGCCCUCUCCCUCAGGCGAAGUAACGUUAGAGCUGAAAGUUGCCAUUCAGGGUCCUGGGACUGAGACAAACAACGUUAAACAGCUUCUAAACGAAUUCAAAGGACUUUACGAGCAGAGGUUGAGAUGCCUGGAGUUGGACGCCAGUGUAACACGAGAGGAACUGCUGCAGAAGAAAGUGAAUUUCCUGUGGUCAUAUGCGAAUGACCUCGCAGACCAGAACCAGGUGCUGGUUCAGACCAUUGAAGAUCUGCAGAAGGAAGCCGACCACAAGGUUUCCAGUUGGGGAAUGAAGCUAUGCAGUUCUGAUCAUACUUUGGAAGUGUGUGAGGUUGAUCUGAGGACUUUGUUGCUGGAUGAGCUUGCUGGAACUGCGGCUCACAUCCCACACAGUGCCGCUUCCUUGGUCCAGAUAGCAUCAGAGUUAGAAGAUCUGAAAAUCCAGUUGCAAACCAAGGACAUGGUCAUCUCUGAUCUGGAGAGGGAGCUUGGAGAGAAUUUCCAGCAAAAGCAAAAGACUGCACUGCAGGCGCUGGGAAGCAGUGAGAGGCUGGCGCACCUGCAGAGUGAGCUCUCCUGUCUGCAGCGGAUCCAGAAAGACAACAUUAAGGAGAUUGCUGAGAAAGACAUCUGCAUCACAAAACUGCGAGCUAACGUUCAGCUGCUGCAACAAGAGGGGGCCGGCGCACAUGCUCAGCUCUCCAAGCUGAGCGUGAGGGCGAGGGAGCUUCAGGAGGAGCUGAAGAGAAAAGAGGAGGAAUGGAGGCAAAGAGAAGACGAACGGAGGCUGAAAUAUGAAAAGGAUUGUCUAAAAGCAGAGGAGAGGAGAGGGCAGGAGAGACAAAAGAGAGAGGAGGAGUGGGUGAAGAAAGUGGAGGAUGCGAAGAGGGAGAUUGAGAAGGAGAGAAAGGCCCAUGCUCAAGCCAUUAAAAAGUGGGCUGAGAAGGCAGCUAUUUUGAAUUCUGAGGCCAAGGCCAAAAUGGUGUCUUUGAGGGGCGAGCUCAGCGCCUUAUUUGAUAGAAGGAUGGAGGAGACAGAGGCGAGGAUGAACCAACUAACUGAAGAGCUGAAUGCAGCGAGACAAAAGAUAAAAGCAAGCGAGGAGCAUGUGAGGCAUCUGGACCAGGAUGCGGUUAUUCUGCGAGCCACACAGGACUCUCUGAAGGGAACCUUGGCUAUAAAGGAGAAACACACACAACAGCUGGUCCAAGACAACACACAGCUCAAAGAACGCCUGGCUUUACUGCAGAGCAAAUUACAAACAAGUGAGUGCAUGUUGAGUGACACCAGUGAAACCCUGGAUCAGACCAGAACCAGCCUGAGCACAGAAAGACAGCAGAGGCAGCAGAUCCAGGACCAGUUGCACCAUGCCAACAAAGAGAUGGAGCGACUGCAGUUGGAGCUGACACAUGCGCGGUGCACCACUGAAAAGAAGAUAAAAGCAAGCGAGGAGCAUGUGAGGCAUCUGGACCAGGAUGCGGUUAUUCUGCGAGCCACACAGGACUCUCUGAAGGGAACCUUGGCUAUAAAGGAGAAACACACACAACAGCUGGUCCAAGACAACACACAGCUCAAAGAACGCCUGGCUUUACUGCAGAGCAAAUUACAAACAAGUGAGUGCAUGUUGAGUGACACCAGUGAAACCCUGGAUCAGACCAGAACCAGCCUGAGCACAGAAAGACAGCAGAGGCAGCAGAUCCAGGACCAGUUGCACCAUGCCAACAAAGAGAUGGAGCGACUGCAGUUGGAGCUGACACAUGCGCGGUGCACCACUGAAAAGAAGAUUCAGAAGUGGGAGAUUAAGAUGUGUGCACUGGUGAAGGAGCUCACAGAGAGUAAGAAGCAGCUCUCUGAAUGUCAGAAAGAGUUGCUCCGAAGAGAGGAGGCUUUGGAGAAACAGUGUGAGGAGAGGGAUGUGCUGAGAGCCAAGAUGGAGGACCGGAGCAGAGAGUUUGUCCAUCUCAACCAGACCAAAGAGAGACUGGAGGCCGACUUGGCUCUGAGCCAUGAGAAACUGCACACCUCACACCUGGAGGUUCGAAGCAGAGAUCAGUUAAUUCUGCAGUUAAGAGCAGAAAUGAAGACAGCUGAACAAAAGCAUAAAAGGACACAGGAGCAGAUGGCAGAUCUGGAGGGUGAUGUAAGAAACUUGAAACAUAAGGUCAGGGGACACCAGGAAGAGGCUUGUCACUUAAGCGAAAAGGUCAGAGAUAUUGAGUACCUUAAAGACCAGAAGGAGAAAGAACAACAGCAGCUUCGCGAUCAGCUCUGUAUUAGUCAGCAACAGGUCGAGACAUUUGAAGGGAAGCUAAAGAAGCAGGAGGUUGAGAUGGAGCUUCUUCAACAGCAGCUUAUGGGAGCCAAGGAGGAACUGAAAGAUGCCAGUUCACAAGCCCAGGAGCAGAAAGAAACUGUAGCAAUUUUUAAACAAAAGUACACAGCAGCACUAGAGAAGGUGCAUAGGGUGCAAGGGCAGGUGGAACUUCUUGAAGAGGAACUACAGUAUUCACAGCAACAGGAACCAGCAGCAAACUUACCUUCGCUGGACUUUGUUAUUGAUAAAGCGCAGUUAUUGGCUUCACACCUAAGAGAGUCCCAAUUAUCAACUCAUUUGGUGAAGGAAGAGCUAGCUGAGAUGGUGCAGCGGUACCGGGAAAAGGUAGGCCAAUGGGAGAACUCGCAGGAGGCUCUUGACCAGUUGACGGAUGAGCUCCAGGCCAAUCAGAAUCUACUGAGGGAGAGCCAGCAAAAAGUGGACUAUCUUCAGGAGCAGGUGGACACACUCACAAAGCAGAAACUGAUGUUGGAGUGUGACAUACGGCUAUUCCAACAGAGUCAUUCUCAUUCUGAUGAGGAGUAUCUCAGCCUGCUCCGACACAGACAGAAGUUACAGAAGCGCUGUACUGAGCAGGUUGAGAGCCUUGUGGAGUGUGAAAAGGCUAUUCUUCAGAUGAAGUCAGGGCUGGAGAGACAAACCCAGGAAAAAGUGAGUCUGAAGCAAAGUCUUGUUGCGUCCCACCAUACACACAUGACCAUUCGCAGCCAGCUGGCACAGGAAGUGAUGCGUCUGAAAAAGGAAGCUACACACUUAGAGCUUGAGCUGGCGGACACCCAGAAGGUACAUAUGGCACUUCUCAGACAGUCAGAGGAGGAGCUGAAGGAGGCCAGACAAGAGGCAGCGAGGAGGGGCAAUGAGGUGGAUGUACAGAGGGGAGAGGUGGAGAGACUUCAGGAGGAGUUACGGAAGGAGGAGGUGCAGAUGAGGAGCGUCAUCAGAGAGAAACAGAGUCUUAGCAGUCACAUCAGGCAGUUGAGCCAAGAGCUGGAGGAGCUACGCAGCAAGCACCAAGUGACAGUGGAGGAGUUGGCAGCCCGUGGUGAAGAGGCGAGGCGGAUGGAGGGGUGCCUGACUGAGGGAAAGCUAGCAGAGGAGAAAAUAAGGUCAAUAGCUGUGAGGCUGGAGACAGAGGUGGCAGAGCUCAGGAGGGAUCUUCAGCAGGCUGUCGAUCACAAACUCAAGUCAGAGCGAGAGAAACAGGAUGCACAGGACCAGGUGGACACCCUCCGCUCGGAGCUGGAGGGGUCACGUUCUGACAAUGCAAACCUUCGCCAUGAGAGCCAGUUGGUCAUGACUAAUGUCAACCGUUGGAUUACUGAACAAAAGUAUGACCACACUUACACUACCAUGUCUUCCAAUGAGAGUCUCACUGCCCAGAUGAAGGCCCAAAACAAGGUGCUGCUCAUCGUCACUGAGGAGAAAGAACAUCUUCAGGAGGCUAAUGACACAUUGAAGGCGGAGGUAAAGAGACUGAAAGAAGUGGCGGAUGAGAAGGAGAGAGACAUGGAACACUUCAAGGCCCAGGUCCGAGACCAGAGCAUCCCGCGAGAUGAGAGAACCAUUGAAAAACAGGGUUAUGUGGCUCUAAAUCUCACCAAAAUCGAGGACAUGCAGACCAGACUGCGAAGCAACCUGGAGGCCAUCAGAAUGCUAAAUCAACAAUUAAACACCCUCAGCGGGGAGAAUAAGCGGUUGCGUAGGCAGCUGGAGAAGGAGAGGUUCAUGCGUAGACAAGUGGAGCAACUGCUCCCUCCUCCUUCCACCUCCCAGCACUGCUCCUCCGCCCACCUUCCCCACUCCCUCACUGCCCGCCCACCUCAUCCCGCCGCCUCCCUACCCUCUUCCCUCCACCUCCCUCCUCCCCUGAGCCUGGGCACAGCGACAGGGGACAUUGAUGGGAUUCAAACCCAAACUAAGCUGAGUGGACCUGGGCUAGAGAAACCAGGGCUGAUGGCACGCUCUCCCCAUAUUGAGCUGGUGUUUUUCCUUGUGCUGCUACAGCAUACAGAGUAAGAAGAUGGCGCUGGGGGUAAUCUGCGCGAGUCGACGGUGACAAAAUGGAGGGCGUCAUCAGAGGUCGUGGCGCUGUCAUCAACCACCAAACAUCUGCUGAUGUCUGCCUGUCACACACUCACACUCACGCAUGCAUCACACACAGGGGAGAAAGAAGGGAACAUGUAUCCAUAAUCAGGUGUGACAUAUCACAGCGUAAAUGCUACAAUCUCACCUGACAGCCACGUACACAUGUACACACAUGCAAUGUUUGCGUUGUGGACCACUGCGACGGAAACAGACAUUGACAGGUAUCUGAGUAUAUUCUGAGAUGCACAUAACAGCGGCUUUAAUGAAUACAGCCAGUUUGUUUUGUUUUGGGCUUUCUCUAGUUUCUAUUUAUCAGAGUAAAGGAUGUAGAUGUAGGAGCUGUGCAGAGGGAGACAGGCGAGUCAGGAAGUCUUUUUCCUCCUUCAGGUAUCACUGAUAAGCAGAUCAGCAGACUCACGGUCAAAAAAUACCUCUAAUCAUUUUAGUGUAACAUUGUCUACAGAGAGAUUUUUAUUGUUAGGACAUAUUUUGUGUCUUCUUGUAUCUUCCUUUAAAUGCACAUAUUUACAAAUCUGUUCCUCCUCCUUAGUAACAAAAAGUAUCCUGUAGCUGAAAAGCAUCAGUUACAUACAACCUGUACAAUAUCUAGAUAGAUAUUUUCUUGAAUGUAGAUUAUUUACACAGAAUAUUUAUAUUUGAUUUUACUGUCAAAUUGCUUCUCAUAGUUGGGAACUGCAGAGUCAUCAUAUCCAUCCAUCGUCAACCGCUUAUCCUGCGUACAGGGGGCUGGAGCCAAUCCCAGCUGACUUUGGGCGAAAGGCGGUGUACACCCUGGACAGGUUACCAGUCCAUCACAGGGCCACACAUAGACACACAACCACUCACACUCACAUCCACACGUAAGGACAAUUUCGGAGUAACCAAUUAACCUAGCCUGCAUGUCUUUGGAUGAUGGAAGGAAGCCGGAGCACCCGGAGAGAACCCAAGCGGACACGGGGAGAACAUUCAAAAAAAGGCCGGGGCAACCGGGGUUUGAACCCACAACCUUCUUGAUACUGAACAAAAAAAUGUUACCUUCUUCUUCAGUCUGAACUCUUGCCACUUCAGCCUUGAUAAAAUGAAACAUUAAAGCAAAACUAUGUUACUUUUGCUAAAAAACAGCCACUGCAGCAAUUAUGGGAUAAUGGUACUAAAUCGUAAAAUGUAGUGUAACAGUUGCACAAGUAUAAAAGAAUAAUAAAGUCAGCGAACUGUGUACGUUACACAGAAACAUCUGUCUAAAGUUUGCUAAACUUAGCUAACAUUGGCUACUCAUCAUACCAGACCAAGUAAGGCAACAGAAGCAAAACCCCUGAGUGUAUUACAUUGAGAAAGGAUUAGUUUUUUUUAUUUGUAGGAGAAAGACUGUUCCCUGAAGUUCCCUACUAUAGCCUCGCUCAAAAUUUCGGGAUUCUCAAAUGCAUUAGAGUUUUUCUCAGUCGCUUUGGUACAUUUCUUAGAUCAGAAUUGA